AUGACAAUAACUAAAAGUGAUGAAGUACUUCGGCAAUGUCUUCAAUCGUUAGUUAUUUUUCAUAUAAAAGAACGAUCUAAUCGAUUGAAACAUGAUUUUCAAUCUCAUAUGGAACGUUUUCUAUUUAUUCGUUCACUUCUGACGAAUGAUGAAAUGCAAAAUAUCGACAAAGAAUUAAAUAAAUCAUUCAACAAUUUACAAAAAUGUCCCAAAUCUAUCAAGAACAUGGAACAAAUUGUAUCACUUAUUUUAACAAAAGGUGCUCGUUUUAAAUGUGAUGAUAUCGAAUCCUGUGAAUUUAAUCUUGCUAAAGCAAUUAAUCAAUUGUUACUUGCAAAGCUUAACAUAGCUCAAUAUUCUAGUCAGUAG